AUGGGCGUGCGAGGGCUCUGGACAGUACUGGAUCCAAUCCAAGAACACAUCCCCUUGCGUUUAUUAGGUGGUAAAUCUCUCGCCAUUGACCUGAGUGGAUGGAUCUGUAGCGAUAUUCGCGUAAACGAAAGGGUUCAAAUCCGAGCAAAGCUUUACUUAAGGCAAGAGAGAUUGCCGUGGCUCUUAAUAAUAUAUUUUCAAGUAUCACGUCAAAGUUUUUGUUAACUCCUUCAAUUCCUCACUGUAUCCAAUUUGUUCGAAGUUAUUCUACGUCGUAUUUGAAUGAAACCAUAAAACAACCCUGUUACACGGUUAUCAGUGUAUGAGCGCAGUAGUAUACUACUGCACUCGUACAUUGAUAACUCCUACUGACAUCAUUGUUCAUAGUCCACAGCUAGGUAUGUGAUUGGUUGACUCCUGCUUCUUCAUCGGCCCGUCCUCGUUAAUAGCCUCAAUGACUCACUGUGCUGUCUGUUGAGGCGCAAUGUGUUGGCAAACUGCGCAGGCGUCACGCGGUCUUAAAAGGGGGCUGGCCAAAUGUAAUAGGCUGUGGCGUGCCUGAGACUUCCAUGUUGACUUUAUCUGGAAGUGGACGAACUUACACAAAGCUUUCAGUGUCCUACCUGUAGGUCGUUGGCUGUCGUAGUCCAGCAGGCAAUGGAUGUGGCAGCAAGGUUAAUUUACCUGCGCAAGUUGCGCCCCCGUCAGCCAGUCAGGUUAUUAACCUUAAACUCACAGCACAGUCCGAGCUGCCAGAUUGCAGUUACCAAUCUGCUAGUUCAUUUUCGCCACGGAAAUCUUUGAAACCGUUAUAUGUAGGUUUCGACAUCUCCGUCCCUCGGGCCUCAUCUUGCCAACCUUUUCCCACUUCCAAAUAAGUUGCUGCUCCCCUAACCAAAUGCGAUUUUUUGGGGGCGAAUCACAAGAAACCCACUGUGCUACAUUCGAAUCUACUCCCAGAUCUGAUCUUGUGCAUGCACACAGUUCACCUCUACCCCUGUCACACAGAUGGAUUGGUCGGGGCCUUUACUGUCAGGAUAUGAAUGGGAUAUAUUCGAUGAUCACAGGGCCAACAGGCAGAUACCCUGAAGUUAUAACCUUCACGAGCGCAGGAUUGUCUAAUUAUUUAUUAAUACUCAGAGUAGUUCGCAUAAAAAUUGUCAGAUCAAUAUUUUUUGCUUCAGCUUAGGUGCUGUGACAAAUUGUACUCGAGAGACGUCAUGCUGUUAGCUACCUGAAUCAGAUUUCUGUACACAAUCUGAACCCGACAGUUGGAGUGUUUGGCUAACUUAUCGUAUUAGCUAGGUCAAUCAGCAGAUCCCAACCAUUUCGAUCCCCAGGUCAUGCCCCGGGUAAGAGGCAGUUCAAAUAUUCUAGACUGCGUAAAAUUAAUGGGGAACAAGUUGCCAAAGCGGGUUGGCAGCCGAACGCGAGACGCGCUUCCAUGUUUAGGGAAACAGGCGUUCAAGUGUCCUAAGUGAGAACAUGUCCGACAUGGCCUCGAAAUUAACUAGUAAUUUUGGAUGUUUAUGAUUGAUCGGACACAAUCUAAAGCAUCGCGGCGCCCGGGCACGAUGAUGGCAUCGUACAUAACCUGAAUUGCAGGCGUACAGCUGCCGUUGGUGCGUACAUACAAGUAUGUGCGGGGCAUAGUCGUAGUGUUAGAGCGAACACCGGGAGUAGGAUCACUACAGAUCCGUGGAAGACUGGACAUGUACUUUGUACCAUCUGAGACCUUGGUAACCGCAUAUACUCAUCUUAGGUGACAUUUUAUAUGUGCUCCAGACUGGUUUAUCACUGGGAUGCCUGCCAGCACAGUUUACGAUGGAUCUCACCCAAUGUUUUCCAAAUUAUUACGUCAUCGAGUUCUUCGCCGCAGCCUCACAGUUAAUGCCGCGUCGUCGCUCUCCUACCGAACCUCCAUUUAGGGCCUGAAAACAUUAUUUUAUGUUUUCGACUGCUUGCAUGCACCCCGACUCUGGGUACAGUAGAUUAUUGGUCAGUUUAUCUCAUUGCUGCUGCCUGUUUUCACGUAGAAGCUUACGAGACUAGAAACUUUGCCCUUUGAUCUCCGAUCUUUGCUGUCAGAUUUUCAUGCUGAAAGUAAAAUUACUUGUGGAGGGUCUCAAGCGUCCAAGAAUGAUCAACGUGUUAUCAGUGGUUGAUCUUGACAAAUGCACUUACUGAAUUUAGCCGGUUUUGGGUGGUCACAUCCACAUGAGCACAUGUACAUCUCAGGUUAUGCGAAACAUCAUGAUUGUUUCGUGAAAAGUGAUCACGUUUCAAGGACUUCUUGUGUAACUUCUACAACGGGAAUAGUUGGAUCGUAGACUACUAUUUACAACUACAGUCAAAGCUCAGGCGAUGGCAUGCACAUAAAAGCCGACUUUACUAAAGAUGGGAAACUCGGGCGCUGUCAUGUUGUAGUUGGCCCUUUCGAGACUGCGGCACAGGCAUCUCCAUCGCUAGUACCUCUUACCACACUCACAAUCACGGUCAUCCCUACCAAACCAGGGAAAUGUCUAAAAUAAUAGUAUGUUUAUUUGAAACCACAUUUAUGGACUGCGAACAGUGCGAUGGAGGGCUGUGCACCAUUCCCUACGGCCCUGUGAGUGUGCUCCUCUUUCGUUCUCUGCCGUCGAGGUUGCCUAUGCGGAUGCCUUCUCUCAACUGAUUAAAUACUUUAGGAUUUAACCAUCCUCUUAAUUCUCCAAAACAGUUAUUCUUGACUUAUGCGAACCAUAACUUGCGAGCGCUUCAAAAUCUCAUAAAAUCAUUAUGAAGCCUGUCAGUUAGUCACAACCUGGAUUGCUGUUUCUCGCUUGUUGGGCCCAUGCGCUGUGAUCGUGUAAGGAGUGUAAAUCGAGCUUCGUUUACCGAACCUGGAGUAAGAUAGAAAAAUAAGUUCGUCUAGCUCUGAAAUGACCAAAUAAAGCUGUCCUAUAUGCUGAAGUAGGGCUGGGAGUCGUGUUUUGUGGUAGCGCACGCUAACAGUCUUGCUUGAUAAGAUGCUGACUCGAAGUCAUUAGUGCUCAUUCUCCGCUUCUUGCCAUCCAGCACGCAUAUUUCCAUCUGUCUGUUAUUUGCUAGUGCUUCUUACUCUUGGAUGUUUGACUGACUAGCAAACUAGACUGUUAUAGUUUUCCAUUUUAGCUUUCAAACUUCCAAAAGUGUCAAUUUCUGGUCUAAAUACUGAGAAAUCUAAGAUCACAAGGCUCGCCUUCGAUGAGUUUUUGUAAAAUUUAUGUCGCUUUAAGUUCUCACUACGUUGAUCUUGUUCAAGUUUUAUUUACUCUUCCUAGUCACUUAAGUGGUUUCGUAUACUGCUCUUGGCUCUAAAGUGAUCUUUUUGCCGCCGCUACCCCUCUUUGCUAAGAUCAUUUCGAUCAACUGUAUUUUUUUAAAAAUAGAAACUUGGUUUUCCGGAUCAUUGCCCUCCUUAAGGAAGCCAUUCUACCGGUUGCGGUAACCGAUGGCCCUGCUCCAGCUCUUAAAGCAAGCACGCUCGAAAUACGCGAAAAUUCCAGGUUAGCCUUUUCGACCGUUUUCUCAGCGUGUUGUCUGCGCGUUUUUGCGUUUUAAACGCUGUUUCGUUACGUUAGCAUUUCCCUCGUUCUAACUGGACCCACUUCUGCUCAGCCCCUUGUCUGUGUACUUUUUGACAUUAGAUUCUUCCUUACGUCUGAUGUCAGGCAUCUUUCGGAUACUGAAAGGUAAAUAAAUCGCAUGUAAUGCGGGACCUUACCCAUCCAUAACAUAGUUACCGACACAUAAAGUCUGCCGACACUCGGGAAUUCUGUUAACUAUGCAGGCAAAAAGUUGGAUAGCAUGUUACAAUGAGCAGUUCCAAAGGAAUUUCUCCUUAGCUGACUACCUGGACCAAAGUAUUCUGACAAAUGUUUUCUGCCAGCAAAUGAAGCAUAACCUACGAUGACUGGUCGUGACUAGACACCCCCAACCCUUCACAAUACGCGGGAACGACUCAUAAGCCUGCUUUAUGUUCCCCGUGCUGUACCUCUGUAUGGUGCCGUUUACACUUAUAUCGGCUAAUCUGGUUUUUGUGACGUCUGAUGCAAGUGCCAGUUUAGGUACGGACGGCCAUUGUAUGUAGACAAGCCAGUUUUUUCCUACUUUCCCAAUUUCACUGAAUGUGUCGUGAGGACUUACUAGUAAAUGGCAGUCACAGUCUCCGAUUUCAAGACUUUUAUUUGUUGUGACCUAGAUAUCUAACAGCCUAUUUUGUCUGCAGAUAUGUUUGAGGCAUCAUCUCGAAACCUUAUUGAAUAAGAUAUUUGGGAAAAGAGCGCAUGUUAGGCCAGUUGAUCUUGUAAUUUAUACCACGCCCAUCGAUAGUCUCGCAAUCACUCGGAUUGUUACUACAUCCCUUCCGUUUGGAAGGUUUGGGGCGAAAACUCACUUAAAAUAGUCCCUGCUUCGUCUUGUCAUCAUAGUAUCACCUAGUUUUGAUAUGCAGACUAUGUAAUAUUUUUCGAAAUGCCGGUGGGCUGUCGUUGGAGGGACUGUAAGUUCUAUGACAGAAUUUUUCGCUUAGAUUUCUGAGACCCAACUAUUUUUUUUGAGAAUCAAGAUGCUUGUUUUACUUCUUCCACUAGACACAAAUAUAACUAUUCAGGACACACUGCGAGUCAAAGUCGACGCACUAUCUCCCUGGAGCGUCGCCGGUUUGCUUUUAUUUCUAACCAGGUAAUCCAAGAUUGUUUAAACUUACCGUUUAAUUUGGAUCUCGUCGCAGGAGCUUUGUUGCCCUCAUUACGCAGGUUUUUUGUUCCCAUCUGCUGCGCACUUCUCUAGUUCUCGCACGGACACAUUUUACCAACUGGUUCUGUAUCAUGAAAUAACCAUAAAACUCCAUGAGAACGACUGGAACGGGGGUUGCUGAGUAACUUCCACUCUUGUCUUGUAAAGGCCGUAAUGAUAAUUUUUUGGUAAUCGCAACGUAGGACAUGACGCCGAGUACUUACUAAACUUCUUGUUGGGGUUUAUGGCUCUUAACACUACUAGCGAUCUGUUCCUUGACAUUGGGUAGACAUGAAAUGUCAAAACUGCGGUCUAAAUUUAGUUUCCGGACGUUCCCUUGCUUGCAUCCUGUUGCUCCGCAACACGAUUGGCAACUUACCAGAGUGGUCCCGGUUCUUAAUCUACCCCUGAGCAUGGCCUGUUUUUAGGCUGCUUCGAUGGAGUUCACUUUUUUUCCAUGUUAUUUUCAGUCCCCGUGCAUUGGUGCGCAUAUGUGUGUCUUUCCACCAAUGCCUUAUCACUUGGGUAAUCCGUGCUACUUUUCAGUGCUGCCAUCUCCUUAAAGCACUCGGUGUGCCCUGCUUGAAAAGCCCAGGAGAAGCGGAGGCAAUGUGUGCCUACCUAGAUGCUCACAAGGCGAGUCUACCUUUUGAAGCUUAUCUCUUCGUUUUGGAGGCGUCUCUUCCAUUUUUAAAAUUCACUGUCGACAAUGCGCAGGCGACAGCCUGAGACACAGCCUCCGAUCCAAGUUCGCCGUUUUCUAUGCGAAUUACUGUUGUCUAAGAAACUAUUGGAGCCGUUCCUCUGACAACACCUGAACCCGUUUCUCAUUCUUCGUUAACCAGGUUCGUCAGGCUGCCGUAGAUUUCCACUUCGAAAGACUCGCAUUUUAUUUUGAAAAGUUUUUCACUCUACUAAAUCAGGCCCACUUGGUUUGCAUAAACAACGAUGGUAAAACAAGUCGAUGAUUCCUCCGCCCAAAACGGCCCUGUAGAAUUGUAAACCCACCCACUCUCAAGUCUCACCGGUGGUUUGUUUUUUUUCGUUCUAGCUUGUUGACGGUUGUGUCUCAAAUGAUAGCGAUUCUUUUCUUUAUGGGGCCUCCAAAGUCUAUCGCCACUUUACGCUUAAUUCUCGGGUAAGUGUGCAUUAUGUACGUAAUCGCAAACUUGCUCUGGCCCCCCACUUUCUCCCGGUUAAAGAGGUUCGCGUGACUGUGUGGUGCAUUGCGCAUGAACUUUCAGGCGUCUUAACUUUUAGGGGCCCUCGGCCCACGAGAUACUGCUUAAGAUUUGUAAGGCUGACCAUGUUGUGCCCCUUAAGAGGAAAAUCUGUCGCGUCUGUAAAGUGAUUGCGUUCAUAUUUUAAUAUUAAAAGGUCUUCGAAUAAUGAACUUAUUCGCAGUUUUUGUGUUUAUUUUCUUGAAUGUCUUUUCACGAAAUAAGGCUAAACAAAACUAAAUGGCGGAAGACACGGGAUUUACUGAAGUCAACAGGUCUCACAGUCCUUCAUUCGAUCGUAAGCAUUCAUCGCACAUUUGUACAGCGUUGGGCGGGUUACGUGAAGACAACCCGAAAUAAUUUCAGUUUGGUAGGUGAUAAAUAGCAUGGAAUGCCGGUCAGGCGAGUAGCCUGGCAGGCGGAUAGAAAUUGGGGGCCAGAGGGGUGCUAUUUAAGAAACGGGCUAGAGCAAAUCAGCAGCGAAGAGGGAGAGACCUUACAGAGGGCCUGGUUAGAGUUGCAUUGUAUGCACUUCGGAGCAAUCCACGUGUAGGCUUUAAGACAUUUUAAACUAUGCACUAGCCUUGGCUUUCAUUACCCUAAACCAAAUAAAAUCGGGUCAUCGUGCUAGUACGAAUUUGUAACCAGGAAAGUGACAGCUUUGUCACUUUAGAGGGAGGCAGUGGAUACCAUUAUCAGUGUAGGCUUUUGCAGUGGUAAUCUGCCAUCGUUAUGACUGUCCAAAUUCCCACUGAAAGGCACGUGCGCUCGCCCGGCCGCGUGCUUAUGGCGUUCAGCGUCUCGCCACUGGCUGCUGCCACAGUGCUCCCAUAGAACCUGAUUGGUCCGUGUCUACGGGAAGUUGCCCGGCCCGUCUAGUAUUUUCCUCUUGAAGCUGAUUAGACAAGACGCUAGCUAACACCAACAUCAACCACAUUUCCAAACGCUUAACGACCUUUGAUCAUAGGUCAGAGUUCGUCUCGCCCUUUCUUGCCCUGGUCCUAUACAAUGACAGAAACCAAGUGACCGUUUUAUCCCAAUAGUAGUUUAAUGAUGGGACCUUUCUGCCGUGACUUCUUUGUAUUACACUUUUUGAACUUACAGAACACCUCCGUAGUUGCUUAUGACGCUGGAAAAAUUCACACUGACCUGGGCCUCUCGCGCGAACAUCUUGUACUCCUCGGCCUCAUUCUGGGCUGUGACUUUUGGCCUGAUGGAGUGCCCGGAGUUGGCGUAGUGUCUGCACGUACAUUCCUUUCUCAAAAUGAUCCAGCCGUCGUACGUAAUCACCUCAAGAUCGACGGGUCAACGCCGACAGUUGAUAUGCCGACCUCUGUCUUCCAAAAUGGCGUUUGGAAAAAAGUUAAGGACGGCUUGUGUAGAUGUCCAGUUGAAGAGGUGUGUUGCAUGCUCUUUCCUUGUCGCCAGCUGUGAUAAUCCUUGAACGUGUCUACGCUUUGCUUUUCUUGCCCUUCGAGUGAGUUGGUACGCCACACUACUUUGACUUCUUGUCAGCGCACUCAUGUACUUGAGCAUCAGACGGAUUCCUCAAAUUGUUCUCCUGAUUCUGUUCGGUCUUUUCAAAAUGCGGCCACACCUCACUAGACCGUCAAACAUAACGCUGGGAUUUCGUAGACUAAAUACGUAUUUCGUAUUUUGCGGAUUACCAAAACGAAUUAUUUUUCCCUUUUAUCUUCUCACUUGCGCAGUUGUAUUCAACCUCUAAUCAUUCUGGAAGAUGGAAAUCCCGGGAAGACAGGUCCUGUCUGUUAGCUUAAUUGCUGCCUACCCCACAUGUCCAGGAGUGGUGAAUGGUAAGGGUUAGCCGCAAAAUAAGGCGACUUUCGGGUCAGUUUAGGCAACCGACCAUCCCAGAAGGCGCUACAGGGGUUCACAGCGACACUUCGACGUCACGAGCAUGAACCGCUGUUAAAUAAGUUCAUUCUGCCUCUGUUGUCUCUUGAACUGGACCUCCAUUCAAAAGACAGGUUAAAGACUGGGAAACCCGACUUGCACAAACCUCCAUAUUUCUAUCCUAUCCUAUCCUAAUCGCGAUUCCUAUCACGACAUUUGUCGGGUCCUAUGCAUUCAAACGGGGUGUUGGGUAUUCAAAAUAGCAUUUUUGGAGGUAAAAAUAAACUGCUCAUCACAUGCUAUAACGCAACGCAAAGCCUUUCCGCGCGAACUUUGGCUCAGAAGAAUAUAAUGCGUCAACAGUUGUUUCCACCCUUACCACAGACCACUUGCCUGACUGCUGUGGUCCACAAUGUGCAGCAGGCCAGUCUCGCGCGCUGAGAACCGUUCUCACAAAAAGUUUCACUUUUGCGUCUUCUUAGUGUUGUUCCCAUCUUCACAACGUUGGACACUGGGGAUACCCGGAAAGGCAUCAUCUACGAUUUACACGAGACAACAACCAAGCCGCUCGCCACUGCGGAGGUUUGGAAGGCCAUAAGGGAAGCUACUACGUAUCUACGAGGCGAGUCCUUGGCCACUACGCAAUGGAAAACGUUUGCGAAAAUGGUGAAAAAUGUUAACUUCUUUGCUGUAGUUCACUUUGCCACCACACAUAGUCGCGCGACACUCCGGUCAUGAUUACAUUCAAAGGCAUGUUGACUACACACCAGUUAGAGCACGCUGGGCCAGCUGACAGCAAGACUUUCGCUCCAUGUUUUAUGCGGACGCUUUCAGCAAGAAUGACUCUGAGCACGCCCAUAAGAAUGUUCGACGGUAGAGUGGCGCUCACUGAUCGUCUUCGGGAACUCACUCGUCCUGUUUAUUUCUCAGGGCUCUCUCUGUCGAGCCCAGCCAGCAGCCGCUCAGCGGCGCGUAAUAUAGGCAGACUAGCAUUACCGACUAUGACGCAGACAACCAUUUUCGGUUAGACCACAUUCGAACCAAUGCGAGGUCGACACGUGUAUGUACCCCGUUCCCUAAGUAGUCCCCGCAUAUUUUAGCUGUCUUGCCUCUUAGCCAGAGUUCGCUCAGCUUGAGGAAGAGUAACCAACCCGUCCCCUGACCGCCACAUUUGACUGGUAGCUCUCAUAUUUCUAACUGAUCUGACUCAUGGGGCGUUUUGGUAACCAUUUCACAAAAUUGGUUAAGCUUUUGUGGGCCUACAGUUAACACCUGUGCCGGGAGUGUGGUGAAGCAACCUUGAUUUGUCGCAGUUAGGUCCAUGCUGACGUUUUAAUUAAUAGUCAAAAUCAGAUUUUACUUCCCGUCUUUUCACGCCCCCGCUUUGUACUCUUUGUACAGAUCAUGCCUUUCAAUAUCCAUAGGUAUUCGAAGAGUUUCUGCGUCCCUGUGAUGUUCGCGGCUGGCAACUUCCCAGCAAGAGUUCAAUUAUCUGGUCCAGACCAAACGUGAAGUUGGCUGUCGAGUUUUGCAUCCAGCAUCUUGACUGGACGCCGACCUAUUCCCUAACUCAUUUCGUCCCUUUAUUUGCAAUUUGGAGGCUUCGGUUGUUGGCUGAUUCUGGUGAAAACGCUCCACUCGAGCCCACACCUAUUCGGUGAGAUUUUGGUCAAAACUUGCAAGAUUUGCUUCAUCUGAAUUUUCCUCUUUCUGGCCAUCCGUUGACCACUUAUUUUACAACCCUCAUUUGCAAAUGCAUGCUUUCUGAGGUGAGAGAUGCUCGGUGAGUGACCCAACUUGGCUGAAUUAGGUAAUACGUCUUAGCGAUAACUACAACGCAUCUAGGUCCAACGAACACUGUUUAUGAUAGGGACCAUGACACUUUCCUCCUUUAUUCGACUGGACAUUAAUAUUACCGAUGCGUAACUGUGCGCAGCCCACAGUCGUAACCAAAUUCGUAGCUUCGAAACCCAGUUUUUUGUCAAACUUUAUAAAAAGCGCCCGAAGUUAAAGACUUUAUAAAGCUACUGAUACUCGAACUGUUGAAACCGAUUCAGCGACGUUAUCGGUGGUCAUUUUUGUCUGGUUUCGAGUUCACCGCAAAAUGAGUCCUAAAAGACAGGCUUACAUCAUACUUACUUUGUAUGAUUGCCUUUUCAGACCUAACUAACUCUGAGCCGUCCAGUACACGAAUGUUUAAGUGAACGUUAAAAGUAUUGGUGACUUCGCGGCCUCUGUCUAUCAAGCGCCUUCAUUUAGGGUCUCCACGGGUUUUUAAAAAUAUAAAUUCGUUUGAGACAGAGACGCGAUCGCCGGCACGAAUUCGUUCACUCUAAAUGUACACGACGAGCAGCGAGACACAACCUUUAGUGCAUAAUCACUUUUCUGACGUUACGGACAUUUUCCGAAUACGCAACCAUGGCCUGGAAGCAAUAAAUCUUUACUGUUUGACGAAAAGGGCUCUCCUUGUUGCCGUCUCUGCUGUUUCCUAUCAAGGCACUGCUGUUCUAUAGCUUUAAAGAUAAUUACACUCAAGUCUGGGUAGACAGCUGUCUUGAGGCGUCAGAAGUAUGUUCAGGCUCUGCCAGAAGUCUUCGAAGCCAGUACAUGACGAGAGGAAUUACGGUAUGUAUAUGUAAAUGCCGUAAUGCAGAUACCGUAUGUAAAGCGUAAGUGAACACUUGCUCGAAAAGAUACGCGUAUUUUUUUUUAUGUCGAUAAGGCUUUUUAGUAAUGCCACCGUUUCAAGUUCUAUUGUCAGUAUACGCUUUAUAAGUUCCGCUGCUUACCAUGAUGAGCCCUUCAUUCCACCAAGUUGGAUAUUCAUGAGAGGAUUAUCAGGACGUCUUCGCAGGUAUUGCCUAAACAGGAGUUUCAAUGAUAAGCCCUUUCUAAACUAAGGCAAGUCUUACUGGCGAAGUAUGUUCAAGCACUUUGUAACAUUACAAUAUCCUCAUAUUGUUUAUAAUUCUGCUUCGACGAAAAGGUUCAUCUCUCAAUUUAACAAUUAGUAUGCUGUCGAGGGCCUUUAAAAAUAAAUGUUGACAUUUAGAGUUGCCACCUGUUGGCCACAAAUUGGCUUGUUACUGAGGGACUUCCGAGCGGCUUAUUCAGGCCGUUUUACAGGAAUUUCAUCACGGACGGCAGCAUUCCUGCCGUCAUUUUAGGCAGCCAUUGCAUACGCCAAAGAACUAAAAUGACGUAAGCCGUCCGCAGUAUCCCUUAGAAUAGAGACGCGACUUUUUUUCUUUUAACUUGGCAAGUGAAAACAUUCAUUUGAGCUCCGAUUGGUUUCAUUCCAUACUUGAUGGUUUUUAACCCAGAAAUUUUUUUACAAAUCGUCUGCUGCUCAUAAGUAGUUCUUUUCCUCUCGGACGCCGUCUCGGUAUCAUGACUGGCCUCGGUUACCUUAUUAGCCUCCAUGGUAAUGUUCACCAGAUGUCCAACAGGACAUCUGACUGUGUUUGUUCAGACAUACGAAUUUACUUAGACAGACGAUUUGAAUACCGUCCUCCGGUUAGGUUCAAUAGAUCCUUUGCCCUCAACAUGGGAUUUAUCAAUUUAUUGGCUUGACCCAGCGCGGAGCAUGACGUCUUAUCACAACCAGUCGCGCUGUAGGUUACUCUCUUGACAAUAGUCUCGGUUCAGUCCUUGGCUUUUGUCAUGCGGACCCCUCACUUGCCUUAAGCCGAGUUAGUGGAGUUUUUUGAACCGGGCAGAUUUAUAUGCUCCUCCUAUUCUGAAUCAGAACUAUCAAUGACGUUUAUACAACUAUCCACCUCGAAGGCGGCAACGUUUAUAGGACCUGUAGUUCGAAGAAAAAGAUGAGCUCACCGGAACGAGUUUAUUUAGAUGCUGACGUUUCGAAUAGUUUUGUCGGCUCUCCAUUGUCAAGGCGUAAAAUGCACUUAAUCAACCAGAAAUUCAAAAUGACAGGUCACUUUGGUCGGCCUCGUGCUGAUCGAUUUUUCUCUCCUCUCGCUGCCUCGGCCUCUCGGGGAUGGUUGACGGGCGUUGUCUGCGUGCUUUGUGAGUCACCACUCCGUCGGGGGGUGAUUGAACCUCUGUCGGGUGGUCGGUCUGGCGGUUCUUUUUCUUCCUCACCGAGUAAACUCGCCGUCGGGCCGUUUCUGUAUGGCCUUCUUAAGUCCGGCGUAAUUGUUUGGUCCUGAGCUCUGUGAUUGCGAUGACGGAGGACUUUGUAAUCUGCAGGAAGGUCCAGAUGCCUGUUGAUGGAGCGGGCAUCGGAGUGCCACGCCUCGAGAGUUAGCCGUUCUGAUUUUGUAUUGCCCCAGCCUAAGAUGGUAGCUCUCUGGAGAUCGAAAGUAUGCCCAGUUUCUCCAACGUGUAUUGCUAGUUGAGAGUUAGGGUCUAACCUCCGAGUGACCGAUUUGUGCUCUUGUAGGCGAGUCUGCAAUUUCCGCCCGGUUUCUCCCACAUAGUUGCAGUCUCCCUCCUUGCAAUCUAUUUUGUAGAUGACUGCUGAGGUUUCGGCAGAUGGCAAUGGGUCCUUAGGUCGCAUCAGACGGCGUCGAAUUGUUGCUUGGGGUCGAUGGGCUAUGCCUACUCUGGUCGGUUGUAACAGUCGAUAGACCGCCUCAGAGACCCCUUUAACGUAUGGAAUGGCUUUCCGAACUUGGGGUUGCUGCUCAUUUGGCCGUCGUCUGUGCGCGCGACGUCUGCUUCUCUCGACGAAAUGUCUGGGAAAAUCAUUGGCUGCAAGUAGGUUCUGAAGGUACAAUCGUCCGGCUCUUUUCUCUUCUGCCGUGCUGCAGUGUGUUUCGACUCUUUGGAAUAGAGUGCGUACACAGCUACGUUUGUGAGACAGAGGAUGGUUGCUGUUGAAGUGUUGAAUCUGUCUCGUGUUGGUGGAUUUUCGGAAUACUGCGGUUUACAGUUGUCCAGUUGUACAUCGGCGCACAAGCAUGUCAAGGAAAGGCAGUUGGUUGUUUGUUUCUGCUUCCAUCGUAAAUUGGAUAUCCGAGUCAACCGAGUUCAGUAGUUCCUUUGGGUGCCCGAUGUCAGUUGUUUUGACAACGACGAAAGUGUCAUCGACAUAGCGGGCCCAGAACUUUGGUUGAUAUUUGGUGAACACCAAGUGUUCUACCCGUUGAAGAACUACUUCAGCGAUUAGGCCUGAUAUAGGGGAGCCCAUAGGAGUGCCCUUUAUUUGUUCGUACAUUUGUCCGUCGAAGGUGAAAUAGGUCUUGAGACAGUAUCACAGAAGCUCGAGCAGAUGCUCAGACUUCAGAGGUUUGUCUCUCUCCUCAUAACGCUUUGCCAGUAGUUGGUCCACGACAUCUAUCGCUAGUUGCUGUGGGAUGGAGGUGAAGUGCGAAACGACAUCAAAGGAUACCAUGGACUCGUCUGGCUCUAACUUCAGAUGUUUUAUGCGUUCGAGGAAUUGAUACGCAGAUGCUACUGUUGUUGGUGAGCCUUCGGCCAAAAACUUUAGACGACCGAACAUCCAUUUUGCCAAACCGUACGUCGGAGUGCCACGAAGGGAUACGAUUGGCCUCAAUGGGACAUUUGCCUUGUGUACCUUCGGCAGACCGUAAUAACGAGCCGUGGCGGUGUCAGUGGGUUUCAUGGAGAACCAGUCGUUCCGGUGAGCCCAUCUUUUCACAUCAUCAACCCUGAUCUCUCAACUUGCCAAUCUGAACAGGACCUAUAGUGUUCUCUGUUAUCACAUAUCUAAUGCCAUUUCUUCAAUGGUGUCAGGUGUACUUUUAUUAUAGAACUAGGUGGUAUUAUUAGGAAAUUGUUCAGGGUUUGCUUGAAUCUACAUAUGCUCCUCCCCAAUGUUAAGAACGACGAAUGCCCCAUUGAAUCAAACAACGCCCUGUUGGUAGGCGGAAGUGCUAUGCCGCCAUAGUUUAAGUUUGAUUAAAUCUCACUAAAACCAGUCUUUACCCUUCUCAAAUUUACCUCAGUCUAUUUAUCCUUCCAGGAUCAUCCGAAAACGCUCUAUUAACUAUAUACUGUCCUAUGAGGUGGAGUGGAAGCGACUAAGUACGUUUGUCAUCCAGAGUUCAGCCGAUCUGCCCUUAUGUCAUUUAGUGCUCUCCAUCACUGCGUACAUGCGUUGUUGUUCUAGGCAAUGACAUCUGGUCCGAAAACGCUCUUUUAUCACCCACGUCAACUGACGGUGAGCCAGCCGCGUUACUCUCUGCGUUCUUCACACAGGAAGGCUACAAGUUUAUCGUUCCGGCCAGUGAGCUAAGACUGGCCUUCCCUGAUCUAGUUGUCACCUACGAGUCAAUCGGACUGUUAUCCGUCUCCACAGGCUUUAAGCAUCUGUCUCUUGACAGCCAAAAAUCAAAAGAGGCGCGAAGAAUGGCACGUACUGCCAAGCGAGCCACGAAGAGAACCAAUCAUUUAACACAAGUGGAGUGCCCUAACUCGGGCACGAAUGAAACUGCUGAAAUGGAUUCCACAACCAAAACUGUUGGCAGUCGUAGUUUCCUGCUCGUUUGGGAUUCGACGCCAGAAUCAUCACCCCAGCGAAAGGACAGAAGGUACACUUUUAUAACCCCUUAAUGCUGCAGGGGACAUAUUUCGUGAGUUUGUCUGGGCCUCUCAGUGGAUUGUGCUCCUUUUUUAGCCCGUCCCCUUGCGUCGCUGCCCUUGCGGUUUCGUUUGAAGACCAUCCUUCCAAUGACACGGAUAAGGUUGAAGAAACCUCUUGGUCCCUUCCCAUCGGGCUUAACAGUGCAUUUGAGCGAAGGCUUACUCUUCAGUCUUCUCUUCUCUCCUCACCUCCAUCACCCUCUGCGGAUCAGCAAGAUGACUUCUCCUGUUUUCGUACCCCUGACCGACUCGCUGACAGACUCAAAUGA